AUGCAGAUUUUUGUGAAGACGCUCACCGGCAAGACCAUCACACUUGAGGUCGAGUCCUCUGACACAAUUGACAAUGUCAAGGCAAAGAUCCAGGAUAAGGAGGGUAUCCCGCCGGACCAGCAGCGACUCAUCUUUGCUGGCAAGCAACUCGAGGAUGGGCGGACACUUGCUGAUUACAAUAUCCAGAAGGAAUCCACCCUCCAUCUGGUGCUCAGGCUCAGGGGUGGCAUGCAAAUCUUUGUGAAGACCCUCACCGGCAAGACCAUCACCCUCGAGGUUGAGUCUUCCGACACGAUCGAUAAUGUCAAAGCGAAGAUCCAGGACAAAGAGGGCAUCCCNCCGGACCAGCAGCGCUUGAUCUUUGCAGGCAAGCAGCUUGAGGAUGGUCGCACUCUGGCAGAUUACAACAUUCAGAAGGAGUCUACUCUCCACCUGGUGCUACGCCUUCGUGGUGGCAGUGAGUUCUUUGUGCUUUGGUAG